GUGCAGGGAAGGAGGGAGCGAGGGGGCGGGCUCACGUUGCCCGGCAGCCCUGGCCGGGCCCAGCCUAUGGGGGCGCCGGGCGCCGUCACGUGCUCGCGGAGCCCCCGAAAGCUGCCUGCCGCGGUGCUGCGGGAGCCGGACCGAGCCGGGACGGGGCCGGGGGCUGCCUGGGGCGGGGUGUUUUUCCGAGUCCGCCUCCCAGCGCCCCACACCUGCGUGGCCACCUGAGCGGCUUAUGAGGAGCUCCUGCCAGACGAACGAGUGCCUCGCAAAGACACCCAGGCGGAGGGAGAAGGAGAAAGGGGCCGGGGGCCGCAGCUGAAACCCGCUCUCUCGCCAGCCAUGAGAUCCAUCCGCUCUUUUGCCAACGACGACCGGCACGUGAUGAUGAAGCACUCCACCAUCUACCCGUCUCCGGAGGAGCUCGAAGCCGUCCAGAACAUGGUCUCCACGGUCGAGUGUGCCCUCAAGCAGGUCUCCGACUGGAUGGACGAGACGAGCAAGACCGCCAGGGCGGAGGGCAGCACGGAAGGCCAAGAAGAGGCGGCAGAUGGCGGCGGCGGCGGCAGCAGCAAGGACCAAGGUGGCCGAGUGUUGUGUGGGGUGAUGAGGAUCGGGCUGGUGGCGAAGGGCCUGCUGAUCAAAGACGACAUGGACCUGGAGCUGGUGUUGAUGUGCAAAGGGAAGCCCACCGAGACCUUAUUAUCUCUCGUCAAAGACAAUCUCCCCGUCCAAAUCCAGAAACUCACCGAAGACCAUUACCAGAUUGAGCAUCAUGUCAGCGAAGCCGCCAUCGUCAUCCGUAGCACAAAGGAGCUUCCGCUGACGCUCAAGGUGACCCUGACCUCCCCUCUCAUCCGGGACGAAGCUGAGAAGAAGGACGGAGUAGACAGUGUUCCGAUGAAAGACCCCCCGGACUUACUGGAGAGGCAGAAAUGCCUAGAGGCCUUGGCGUCUCUCCGGCACGCCAAAUGGUUCCAGGCCAGGGCAAAUGGGCUCAAGUCCUGUGUGAUUGUGCUGCGGAUUCUGCGAGACCUCUGCAACAGAGUCCCCACCUGGGCGCCGCUGAAAGGAUGGCCGCUGGAGCUCAUCUGCGAGAAGGCGAUCGGCACGUGCAAUAGACCCCUGGGUGCUGGCGAAGCUCUGAGGCGGGUGAUGGAGUGCUUGGCCUCGGGAAUCCUGCUACCCGGUGGGCCCGGCGUGCACGACCCCUGCGAGCGGGAACCCACAGAUGCCUUGUCCAACCUGACUGUUCAACAAAGAGAAGCCAUCACCCACAGUGCCCAGCACGCCUUGCGACUCUCUGCUUUUGGCCAGAUCUAUAAGGUGCUGGAGAUGGACCCUCUCCCGUCCAACAAGUCGUUCCAUAAAUAUUCCUGGUCCGGGACCGACAGAGAAGGUGCAGGCUCCUCCGCUCUGAAGAGGCCUUUCGAAGACGGGUUGGGGGACGAGAAAGACCCCAAUAAGAAGAUAAAGCGCAGCUUGAGGAAAAUCCUUGACAGCAAAGCAAUAGACCUCAUGAACGCCUUGAUGCGUCUGAAUCAGAUCCGGCCCGGCCUGCAGUACAAGCUCCUCUCGCAGUCGGGCCCCGUCCACGCGCCGGUCUUCACGAUGUCCGUGGACGUGGACGGCACGACGUACGAAGCCUCGGGGCCUUCCAAGAAGACGGCCAAGCUUCAUGUUGCCGUGAAGGUUUUGCAGGCGAUGGGCUACCCCACCGGUUUCGACACAGACAUGGAAUGUACGAGCUCCGACGAGAAGUCCGACACGGAGGGCAAAAACGAGACCGUGUCUUCAAACUCUAGCAAUAAUACGGGCAGCUCUACAAUCGACACCUCUGCUACCUUGGAGGUAAGAACUCAGGGUCCCAUCCUCACAGCAAGCGGCAAGAAUCCGGUGAUGGAGCUGAACGAGAAGCGGCGAGGCCUCAAGUACGAGCUCAUCUCGGAGACGGGCGGCAGCCACGACAAGCGUUUCGUGAUGGAGGUAGAAGUGGAUGGGCAGAAGUUCCGAGGGGCCGGCCCCAACAAGAAGGUGGCGAAAGCCAGUGCCGCGCUAGCCGCUCUCGAGAAGCUCUUCUCUGGCCCCAACGCUGCAGCCAACAAGAAGAAGAAGAUCCUUCCGCAGACGAAAAGGAUCAUCAACACAUCCAUGUCUGCAGCGGUCCAGGCGGCCCGAGACAGAGGGAGAGGGGCCCUGACGCGUGGCGCCUUCGUUGGGGCAGCCGCCGCCACCGGCUACCUGGCACCAGGCUACGGAGCACCCUACGGCUAUAGCGCUGCUGCUGCCGCCGCCGCUGCCGCCACUGCUGCUCCAGCUUACGGUCUGCCCAAGAGAAUGCUUCUGUUGCCCGUUAUGAAGCUGCCCCCUUACCCAGUGCCCCACUAUUCCUUCUUUUAGCCAUGGGCUGCCACCAAACCCCCUGUGACUGACCACCACAGUUCAGAAUGUUAGAAGCAAGCGAGAGAGAGGCCGGCAGGCAGGCGGACCCCUUUGCCCGCCCGCCUUCUAAGCCCCCGGUUUUCCUUUGAACACAUACUUGAGCAAAACCAUUUGUAAAGAGACGUCUUUUCCUACUUUUUUAUUUUAACAAAUUGCAAAUUUAGUUCUCUAAAACUUGAAGAAACAAACAAUGGUCUGUGAAAAUGGUUACCUCAUUUUUUUUUUUUUUUUGGUUCUUUUCCAAAAUAACUUAUACCAGCCUUCUGUUAUAGGGAAGAAACUUAGAUGCUUAAAACUUUGUUUUAAAUGACGUAUCCGAAUUAUGUAAAAUUUAAAAACUUGUGAAGGAUGUAUAGAGUAUAAAAGCGCUGAUCACAAAAUAAAACCAGUUUUUGCUGUAAA